AUUCAGUGAAACACUUUCAAAAUCAAUGCCCUCUUUUGAUGAAACGAAUAUGUUGGAUGGUGAAAACCGAACCGUAGAAACGGUCGACCGAUCGACCGACCGACCGUCAGAACAAGACAUGACUGUUGAAUCGAUCGAGCCAGCGGAAGCAUCGGAAAGGAAAAAGAAAUCGAAAGAAGAACACAACCCCCCUAAAAGAUGCAAGACUGAUCGCAAGUCCGACCAAGCAUCCGACCACGAAGCGUCUGAAAAUGAGUUAUCAAAGGAAGAGAUUGCCAUUAAACCGAACGACCGAAAGUCCGACCUACCGUCCAAAGAUAUAAAAGACAAUGAUGAGUUUGGAAAGGACAUGACUGUUGGAUCGAUCGAGCCAGAGGAAGCGCCGAAAAAGAAAGAGAAAAAGAAAACGAAAGAAGAGGCCGACCGAUUGACCGACCGACCGUCAGAACAAGAUGCCCCAAAUAUCACAAAGAGAGGAGAAAAGAAGAAAGAAAAGAAGAACAAGCAAGGGCGUAAACUUAGUGUCGAUGAAAAUCUGACCGUCACACCGACCGACCGACCAAAAAUGAGAAAUAGAGCGAAACUAACGAAUAGUGGCGAAGAAAAGAUACGCAGAGAUUCUGAUUUGCACAACGAAGAAGACAGUCAGUCAAAAUCAAAGGAAGAAACAACAAAAACAGUCGAUCUUACUGACGAUAAUUCAAACUUUGAUGAUUGCUUUCGAAAGCCUGAACCCAAUGAAGAAGACUUGAUCAAAGGACUUAUGAAAGCAAACUCAAAGUUAUCUAACUUUACGGCUGAUCUGUUUAUCGAAAUAGUGAACAAUGAAUUUCCAAAUAUCAAAAUGCAGCCGACGUCUUACGAACAAAUUCCAUCGAACUAUGUCGUAGCACCAACAGAUCGGGACGAUAUUCAAAUAGUUUUAGCGGGUGAACAUUAUGUGGCGGUACAUUAUCGGCAUGGCGAAGAUCACGUCACUAUAUAUAUGACACUUUAUAUGUAAAACCGACAAAAGCACAAAAGAAAAUAUUGAAAAUAAUUUACCCCGGAAAAAAGUUUAUUACUCAGUCACCCGCGAUAUUACAGACUGACAUAAUAUCAUGCGGCUUGUUUGCUGUAGCAAACGUGGUUACUUUAAUGUUCAAUAAAGAUCCUAGAACAUAUCAUCUAUAUUUGGAUCAUAUAGGAGAUGACAAACAAAUGCCACUCAGAAUUCAUUUGGCGGAUAUGUUAAGAGAAAAAAAGAUCACUCUUUUUCCAGCAAGUCCGUCCUCCGAAGAAAUGGAAUACGAUGAGGAACCACGAUGCGAUGAAUCCGAAGCCACUGCGAAGAUAGAUCCGGCCGUCCUCCCGACCGACCGAAUGGAAAGAGGUCAAGUGGUUUGGUAUCAGGACGCCCAAUUAAUCCGCCAAGAAUUUGAGUGUUGAUGAUUUAAUUCGGAAGGGUGCACCUACGCAAGAAGAUAUGCUCGCGGAAAUGCUGACGGGCAAAACUAAUCUCCGCACGUACAUGGUUGACCAGUUCAUCGACAUAGUCAACCAUGAGUGUGAAGAGAUUAAUAUGCAGCCGACAGCAAACGCACAAAUGGAUACAUCAAAAUAUGUCGCUGCACCAAUGACCCAGAGACGUAUGACUACUCCAUCGACGAUUCGGAGGAAGAUCCGAAAAUGCCACUCAGGGCACAUUUAGCAAAAAUUUUAAGGAGAAAGAGGAUCACUCUUUUUCCAUCAAAUGACGAACCAGAUACAAAGAAAAAACGCCUAAAAUAUCAGCUGAAGAUUGAUAGUGACGAAGAAACAGACGGCGAUGAAAUACCAAUAAUGAUGACUCGAUCGACCGCAAAAAUCCUUAGAAAUAAGUAGCUUUUGAUUGAAUAUCAACAAUUUUAUAAGCAAAAUUUUUCAAAUAAAAGACAACGAUUAUCCACAUACGAAAUCAAA